CUUCUGCGCGGAGAGGCGCCCGGAAUGAAGAUUGUUCCACGCUGCUCUCCGUCCAUCCCCCGGCGUUCCGGUGUGGGCGGGUCCCCGCGUCCUGGGCGACGCGAGCCAUGGCGUUCCGGUGUCAGCGGGACAGCUACGCCCGGGAGUUCACCACCACCGUGGUCUCCUGCCGUCCCACGGAGCUGCAGAUCGAAGGAAGCAAUGGCAAGAAAGAAGUGCUGAGUGGCUUCCAAGUGGUGCUGGAAGACACGUUGCUUUUCCCCGAGGGCGGGGGACAGCCUGAUGACCGUGGUACAAUCAAUGACAUCUCUGUGCUGAGAGUGACGCGCCGGGGAGCCCAGGCUGAUCAUUUCACACAGACACCUCUGACUGCUGGGACCGAGGUCCAGGUCCGGGUAGACUGGGAGCGGAGGUUUGACCACAUGCAGCAGCAUUCAGGGCAGCAUCUCAUCACAGCAGUUGCUGAUCACCUGUUUGGGCUGAAGACAACAUCAUGGGAGUUAGGGCGACUCCGGAGUGUGGUUGAGCUGGACGGCCCCUCUGUGACUGCAGAGCAAGUAGCUGCCAUUGAGCAGAGUGUCAAUGAAAAAAUCAGAGAUGGACUGCCCGUGAAUGUGCAAGAAAUGAGCCUGGAUGAUCCUGAGGUGGAGAAGGUGAGGGGCCGCGGUUUACCAGAUGAUCAUGCUGGGCCCAUUCGCGUUGUUACCAUCCACAGCGUUGACUCCAACAUGUGCUGUGGGACCCACGUGAGCAAUCUCAGUGACCUUCAGGUCAUUAAAAUUCUGGGCACUGAGAAGGGGAAAAAGAACAAAACCAACCUGAUAUUUCUGGCUGGGAACCGGGUGCUCAAGUGGAUGGAGAGAAGUCACGGAACUGAAAAGGCACUGACCACUCUGCUUAAGUGUGGAGCAGAGGAUCAUGUCGAAGCGGUGAAGAAGCUGCAGAAUGUCACGAAGCUCCUGCAGAAGAACAACCUCAGCCUGCUGAGAGACCUGGCUGUGCAUGUCGCCCACAGCCUUAGGAGCAGCCCCGCCUGGGGAGGCGUGGUCACGUUACACAGGAAGGAGGGUGAUUCUGAGUUCAUGAAUAUCAUUGUCAAUGAGAUUGGGUCAGAGGAGACCCUCCUGUUCUUAACUGUGGGCGAUGAGAAAGGUGCUGGGCUCUUCUUACUGGCAGGGCCAGCUGAGGCCGUGGAGACCCUGGGGCCCAGGGUGGCUGAGGUACUGGAAGGCAAAGGAGCAGGGAAGAAAGGCCGCUUUCAGGGGAAGGCCACCAAGAUGAGCCGGCGGGCCGAGGUGCGGGCUCUUCUCCAGGCCUACGUCAGCACACGGGGUGCUGAGGAGUGGGGACCGGGGCGUCUCCCCAGCGCUCCUGCACUUGAGAAUGGGUCUCCAAGGACUACGGAGUCUCUUGGACAAUAAAAUAGCUUGACUUAAAA